CCCAGCCCCGCCCCCGAGAGCCGAGAGCUGUUGGCAGCCGAGGUCUGGCGACGCCCGUCUCCUUACCGGCUUGUUUACUACCAUGCCGCUGUACGAGGGCCUGGGGAGCGGCGGAGAGAAAACGGCGGUCGUGAUAGACCUGGGAGAGUCUUUUACCAAAUGUGGAUUUGCUGGAGAAACUGGUCCAAGAUGCAUAAUUCCUAGUGUGAUAAAAAAAGCCGGCAUGCCUAAGCCUAUCAAAGUUGUACAAUAUAAUAUCAAUACAGAAGAAUUAUAUUCCUACCUAAAGGAAUUCAUCCACAUACUGUAUUUCAGGCAUCUAUUGGUGAAUCCCAGAGACCGCAGAGUUGUGGUUAUUGAGUCGGUAUUAUGUCCUUCCCACUUCAGAGAGACACUCACUCGUGUUCUUUUCAAGUAUUUUGAGGUUCCAUCUGUCUUGCUUGCUCCAAGUCAUCUAAUGGCUCUUCUUACACUUGGGAUAAACUCUGCCAUGGUCCUGGAUUGUGGAUAUAGGGAAAGCCUGGUGUUACCUAUAUAUGAAGGAAUCCCAGUACUAAAUUGUUGGGGAGCACUCCCCCUAGGAGGAAAAGCUCUUCACAAGGAGUUGGAAACUCAACUAUUGGAACAAUGUACUGUUGACACAGGUGCUGCUAAAGAACAGAGCCUUCCCUCUGUGAUGGGUUCAAUUCCAGAAGGUAUCUUGGAGGACAUUAAAGUGCGCACUUGCUUUGUUAGUGAUCUGAAGCGUGGACUAAAAAUCCAAGCAGCAAAAUUUAAUAUUGAUGGGAAUACUGAGCGUCCCUCACCACCUCCAAAUGUUGACUACCCAUUAGAUGGAGAGAAGAUUUUACAUGUCCUUGGAUCAAUCAGAGAUUCGGUUGUGGAAAUCCUUUUUGAGCAAGAUAAUGAAGAGAAAUCAGUUGCCACUUUAAUAUUGGAUUCCCUUAUGCAGUGCCCAAUAGACACUAGGAAGCAACUAGCAGAGAACUUGGUAGUCAUAGGUGGCACGUCUAUGUUGCCAGGAUUCCUCCACAGACUACUUGCAGAAAUAAGGUAUUUGGUAGAAAAACCAAAAUAUAAAAAAAUACUUGGCACCAAGACAUUCCGAAUUCAUACUCCACCUGCAAAGGCUAAUUGUGUAGCCUGGUUGGGAGGAGCUAUUUUUGGAGCACUGCAAGACAUACUUGGGAGCCGUUCAGUCUCAAAGGAAUAUUAUAACCAGACAGGCCGUAUACCUGAUUGGUGUUCUCUUAAUAACCCACCUUUGGAAAUGAUGUUUGAUGUCGGGAAGGCUCAACCACCUCUGAUGAAGAGAGCAUUUUCCACUGAGAAAUGAAAGUUUGAUUAAAAUUCAGCUUUGCUUCUUUUCAAAUAUCAAUUACAAGCAAACUGUACAAAGUAUAUAGGAUGGUGUUAGAGAUGACUUUAGUAGAAGUGCAAGCGUUUCUGUAAUUAUACUUCACAUUAGUAUUUAAUCAUUUUGCCUUUGGUGUAAUGGUAGAAUGGUAGCUGAUGCUUAUUGAAAUUAGUUGUAUUUAUAUCAAUAAAAUAUAGUAAAGCAGUUAA